GUGAGUCCACAGAUGCUGAGGGUCUCUGAGAUCAGACGGACGCCGUGACAUGUCCUCGUGCAUUCAGCGUGGACGAGGAUGAUCCGACUGAUGGGACUCACCUGUGGAAAGGAACCGUCAGGAUGCCUUACCUGAGCCAAGCUGUCAUCCUGCUGCUGUGUCUGCUUGUCACUGGGGAGGCCCGCAGACCCGGACUCCGGGUGCGUAGAUGGACCGGAACCAUGGAGACGCAGAAACAUGGCACAUCUCUGAAACCUCCGGAUGUGACCAAAUCCCGCAGAACCAAGACAGAGCACCUUCUCAGAGUAGAUGAUCAUGACUUCACCAUGAGGCCUGCUUUUGGAGGCCCUGCGAUCCCUGUUGGCGUGGACGUCCAGGUGGAGAGUUUAGAUAGCAUCUCUGAAGUGGACAUGGACUUCACCAUGACGCUGUACCUGAGACAUUACUGGAAGGAUGAGCGCCUGUCGUUCAGCAGCAGCACCAACAAGAGCAUGACGUUUGAUGGUCGGCUGGUAAAGAAGAUCUGGGUCCCUGACGUCUUCUUUGUCCACUCAAAGAGGUCCUUCAUCCACGAUACGACCACUGACAACAUCAUGCUCCGAGUUUACCCGGAUGGACAUGUGCUCUACAGUCUGAGAGUAACCGUGACAGCAGCCUGUAACAUGGACUUCAGCCGGUUCCCUCUGGACUCCCAGACCUGUUCUCUGGAACUGGAGAGCUAUGCAUACACAGACGAGGACCUGAUGCUGUACUGGAAGAGCGGCGACGAGUCUCUCAGCACAGACGACAGAAUCUCUUUGUCUCAGUUUCUGAUCCAGAAGUUUCACACCACAUCUCGUCUGGCUUUCUACAGCAGCACCGGCUGGUACAAUCGUCUCUACAUCAACUUCACGCUGAGACGCCACAUCUUCUUCUUCCUGCUGCAGACGUAUUUUCCUGCCACUCUGAUGGUGAUGCUGUCAUGGGUUUCAUUCUGGAUCGACCGGCGAGCCGUCCCAGCCAGAGUCUCUCUAGGUAUUACAACAGUGCUGACUAUGUCCACCAUCAUCACUGGAGUCAACGCCUCAAUGCCCCGCGUGUCCUACAUCAAGGCUGUGGAUAUUUAUCUGUGGGUCAGCUUCGUCUUCGUCUUCCUCUCUGUGCUCGAGUACGCUGCUGUCAACUACCUGUCCACCGUCCAAGACCGUCGCGAGCGUAAGAUGAGGGAACGAGCCCACUCCCAGUCACUGCCCUGCACCUGCAGCAUCUCCCAGACCAAAACCAUGACCUUAUUGGAUGGGACGUACAGUGAGGCUGACACCAACAGUCUAGCAGGAUACACUGAGGAACCCAUUGUUCCGGAGGAUGAUCCUGAAGAGAACCAUAAGGUCCUGGAGAGGUCAGACCAUAUGGUAGUCCACCUAUCCAUGAGCAGCGAGUCAGCUGGUACUAAGAAGAGGAAAAGUCUCCGGGCACUCAACAUCAUCCAGAACACUCAUGCCAUAGACAAAUACUCGCGUAUGAUCUUUCCUGGAUCUUACAUCUUCUUCAACCUGAUCUAUUGGUCUGUUUACUGCUGA